GCAGUUUCCCUCAUUCGAUGUGUCUCCUGUGCAAGCAGAACAGCUUGAGGCAUGGACGGGAGCAGCGGGUUAAGUGGGGAGAGCAAUCCCCGAGUUACGGGCAGCGUGUCCCCGCUGACUCCCGGGCCCGAAGAGGUUAUGAGGUAUAGGUCGCCGCUGGUCUCCAGGUACGCCAGCCGGGAAAUGGCCUUCAAUUUCAGUGACAGCAAGAAAUUUCAGACGUGGAGACGGCUUUGGUUAUGGCUGGGGCAGGCCCAACGGAGUUUGGGGCUACCCAUUACAGAAGAACAGAUCCAGGAGAUGGAGGCCAACCUGGAAAAUAUUGACUUUAAGAUGGCAGCGGAGGAAGAAAAGCGCUUGCGGCAUGAUGUUAUGGCACAUGUACACACGUUUGCACACUGCUGCCCCAAAGCUGCCCCAGUCAUUCAUCUCGGAGCCACUUCUUGCUACGUGGGAGACAACACUGACCUGAUUGUUCUACGUGAUGGUUUUGACCUGCUGCUUCCAAAGCUUGCUCGAGUUAUAAGCCGCUUGGCUGAUUUUGCAGAAAGAUACGCAGAGAUGCCAACGUUAGGAUUCACCCACUACCAGCCAGCUCAGCUCACAACUGUGGGGAAGCGUGCAUGCCUUUGGCUUCAGGACUUGUGCAUGGACUUGCGCAACUUGGAGCGAGCCAGGAAUGACCUUCGCUUCCGAGGAGUGAAAGGUACUACAGGCACACAGGCCAGCUUCCUGCAGCUUUUUGAUGGUGAUCAUGACAAGGUGGAGGAAUUGGACAGAAUGGUUACUUCUAAGGCAGGAUUUAAAAGGGCUUAUAUAGUGACUGGACAAACUUACAGCCGCAAGGUAGAUGUAGAGGUGCUGUCUGUCCUGGCUAGUUUAGGGGCGACUGUUCACAAGAUUUGCACUGAUAUCCGUUUACUGGCAAACCUGAAAGAGCUUGAAGAGCCAUUUGAGAAAGAACAGAUCGGUUCUAGUGCCAUGCCCUACAAGAGAAACCCCAUGCGCUCAGAACGCUGCUGCAGCUUGGCUCGCCACCUUAUGACUCUCAUCAUGAACCCGCUACAGACUGCCUCAGUUCAGUGGUUUGAACGCACACUAGAUGACAGUGCCAACAGACGAGUAUGUUUGGCAGAAGCCUUUCUCACUGCAGAUAUCAUUCUUAGCACUCUGCAGAACAUUUCGGAAGGAUUGGUGGUGUAUCCAAAAGUGAUUGAAAGAAGAAUCCGCCAAGAGCUGCCCUUUAUGGCCACAGAAAAUAUCAUUAUGGCAAUGGUGAAGAAUGGAGGAAACAGGCAGGACUGCCAUGAGCGAAUCCGAGUUCUCUCCCAGCAAGCGGCUGCAGUGGUAAAACAAGAAGGAGGAGACAAUGACCUUAUCUUCAGAAUCCAAUCUGAUUCUUACUUUGCCCCAAUUCAUGCUCAUCUGGAACAGCUGCUUGAUCCGAAGUCCUUCACAGGCCGGGCACCUCAGCAGGUGCUGAAGUUUUUAAAGGAGGAGGUGAUUCCACUGCUGAGUCCUUAUCAGAGUAAAAUGGAUGUGAAGAUUGAGCUGGACCUGUGAAAUGUGUCAAUCAGAAAUAUUUAUUUUGCAGAUAAAAUAAAGUCCUGAAUUUCA